CCACGCGCCGUGUCAUGUGACCAGUUCACGUCAACAUGGCGUCCAGGCAAAACACGACCGUAACUCUUCGACAUUUUAAAGCGGUUUUGUCCGCUUUGUUUGUUAUGUGUGCGUGUGUUCAAGCUGAAAUACGAAGCGCUGUUAUUGACAAACAAACUGGAAAACUGUCUGUUGUUGAAGGAUACAGAGAAGGCUUCGUGGCUUGGUCUAACUUUACAGAUGACAUUAACACAUCAGGUUGGUCUUUCUUGGAGAUCACGACCAGCAGUCGGUACAAUGACAGCAUGCAGGCCUAUGCAGCCGGUGCAGUGGAGGCUGCCGUCACAGCACAGCUCAUCUAUAAGCACUGGAUGAACACUCUUCUAAAUUACUGCGGGCCCUUCUCAUCUGCAUCUAGUUACUGUGAUCGCCUUAAGGAUUUCCUCACAACCAAUUUGCAGUGGGUUCAGGAGCAAAUACAGAAGCAGUCCAGUUCACCCUACUGGUACCAGGUGCAUCUGACGCUGCUGCAGCUGAAGGGUCUGGAGGACGGCUACAAUGACCAGCUCUCGCUUCCAUCAGGGCCGUUCUCCUUCAACCCAUUAGGUUUUCUGCUUUUUCAAAUGGGCGGGGACCUGGAGGACUUGGAAUCCACUCUGAACAAGUCCAGCCAAACUAGACCUCUUGGAUCUGGCUCCUGCUCUGCUCUCAUUAAGCUGCUGCCAAACAAUAAGGAGCUGUUGGUGUCACAUGACACCUGGAACAACUACCAGUCCAUGCUGCGCAUCAUGAAGAAAUACAUGUUUGCCUAUAGAGUUUCUCCUUCAGAAGAGACUUUUCUUCCUGGAGGAACUCAGGCGUUCUCCUCUUAUCCUGGAUCGCUCUUCUCUGGAGAUGACUUUUAUAUUCUGAGUAGUGGCUUGGUUACCUUGGAAACGACCAUCGGCAACAAUAACCCCGCUCUCUGGAAGUUUGUUCAGCCCAUAGGAACCGUCAUGGAGUGGUUGAGAAACAUUGUCGCCAAUCGACUGGCUACUACUGGCAAUGAGUGGGCCGACAUAUUCAGCAAGUACAACAGUGGAACGUAUAACAACCAGUGGAUGAUUGUGGACUAUAACCUCUUCACUCCAGGAAGGACUGACAUUAAAGAGGGGCUCUUUGUCGUAUUGGAGCAAAUUCCGGGACUAGUUGUCUACUCUGAUAAAACUCAGGAAUUGCUGGAGAAAGGGUACUGGGCAAGCUACAAUGUACCGUAUUACAAAGACAUAUUCAAUGCCAGUGGCUGCAAUGAGCUGGUUGAGAGGUACGGCCCUUGGUUCUCUUUGAAAAACAAUCCUCGGGCUCAGAUAUUCAGGAGAGACCAGGCAGCUGUCACAGAUAUGGACUCAAUGGUUCGCCUUAUGAGGUAUAAUAACUUCAUGAAAGACCCACUGUCGAAGUGCGACGGCUGUAAUCCACCAGCAAAUGGGGAGAAUGCGAUCUCUGCCCGUUCAGACCUGAACCCAGCGAAUGGCACGUAUCCGUUUGGUGCCCUACAGCAGAGGUCACAUGGAGGAACGGACAUGAAGCUGACCUCUUUUGAGAUGUUUCGUGAUUACGCCAUGCUGGCAGUGAGCGGGCCAACGUGGGACCAGGUGCCGCCGUUCCAGUGGAGUACAUCCCCGUACAGUGACCUGAUGCACAUGGGUCACCCUGAUAGUUGGGCAUUCAAGCCUGUAAAAGUCUCCUGGAAUCCUUAAUUAUGCUGUGUGUGUGUAUAUACAAGCAACUUGAUCAGUAUAAAUAAUGCCAACUAUUACGUUUUGGAAAAAAGAAAAUUAUACUUUGAAUCAUUGUGAAAACCCUUUUUUGAAUGUAUAGGAUUGUGAAGGAUUUCUUUGAUCAGGGACACUCAUAUAAUCGAUUAUUCAUUCAAAGGAAUGUGGCAAAAAUAUUAAGGUUGUAUGGCAAUCUAACAGUAAUGCAACUAUUUAAAUAACUAAAGCAUGCAUGAUUAAAUUGUUGAUAUAAGGCAAUAUGAAAAUCCACUUCUUCAUGUAUUUGUUUUAUCUGACUUAUUUUGAUAAAGUUAAAUGUUUCAAAGGGACUACACCUUCUUUGAAGAAAUCCUUAACUGUAGGCAAAUGUUUUUGUCAUUCGUUAAUGUAUGUAAUAUUUCUCAUAUAAUGCAUUGCACUAUCUUUCUCAAUAAAUUGUUGGCUAUAAAAAAACAA